AACACCGGAGGAAGCCUCGGCCGGAUUCAUUAGCGGGUUUUAUUUAUUAAACAAAGUCAAUGUUUUUUGACACAUUUGUAAUUAACUAGUUAACGUAAUGCGCCGCUGACGGCUGUCGGUCUGUCGGUUAACGCGUCGCUGCUCCGGUGAAAAAUGGUGUACCACGUUCCCUGGAUCUACACUCCGGUUCGGACCAUCUUGGCAAUCUGGCACCAGCUGACUAAAACUGAGAUCCCGGAGCUGACCAAAUGUUCAGUCCUGAUGAGGGAACGCAGCAGAGUGGAGGAGAUGAUUCAUGCCAUGCAGCGAGCGGGAGCGGGGAGUCUUCAGGUCAUCUCAGACUUCGACAUGACGCUGACCAGGUUCGCUCACAACGGCCGGAGAGUUCCCACCACCCACAACAUUCUGGAUAACCGGUUGUUGAUUAGUGAAGACUGUGCUAAAAAAAUGAAGGAUCUGUUGAACACCUACUAUCCUGUAGAGAUUGAUGCCAGUCGGAGUACGGAGGAGAAGCUGCCUCACAUGGUUGAUUGGUGGACUAAAGUCCAUGAGCUGCUGAUUCAGCAGAAGAUCAGAAAAGACCUGUUGGCCCAGGCGGUGAAGGAAUCCACCGUCAUGCUCAGGGACGGGUAUAAGGAGUUUUUUGACCAUCUAGCCGAACAGCAGGUCCCUCUGCUGAUCUUCUCCGCCGGCGUCGGGGACAUCCUGGAGGAGGUCAUCCAGCAGAACCGCGUCUUCCACCCCAACACCCACGUCAUCUCCAACUACAUGGACUUCGACCACGCGGGUGUGCUGCAGGCCUUCAAAGGUCAGCUGAUCCACACCUUCAACAAGCGAGAGGGCGCCCUGCGCCGCGCCGCCGGCCUGACGGCGCUGCAGGGCCGGCCCAACGUGCUGCUGCUGGGAGACUCUUUGGGGGACCUGACCAUGGCGGACGGCGUCUCCGAGCCGGAGAACGUCCUGACCAUCGGCUUCCUCAACGACCAGGUGGAGCAGAGAAAAGAGUCGUACGUCAAUUCUUUCGACAUCGUGCUGGUGAAGGACGAGACGAUGGACGUUCCAAACGCCGUCCUCAGACACAUCAUCUCAGGAAGAGACCGGAAGUGAGACGCACGGCGAGAAGCGGGCGCACAUGGAUAGAUUCUCUUCCCAGUGUUCACACGGGAAUCCUCUCUGACCUCAGCGAUGUGGAGAAAGUGUCACAAAACAUUCAGUCAGUGUUUUUUUUCCUUUGGAUUUGCUGUCACACUCAUUCUACCAAAGUUUUAAAGGGAAGAUUUACAGCUUCGCUGUGUUUUUAUACGACCGCCACUUUCUUCUAGAAAUCACCAGACUUUGUAAAAACCCUAAAGGGUGUGUCUCUCAUUUCCAAGCUGUUUGAUUAGUUUCACAGUCCGACUUUUAAUCCUUUGCAGCUGGUUCACAUUUCAGCAAAAACACUCUUCAGUUGAUGUCUUCAUUUUCACCCUGUUUACUGUAUUCUACCUCCUACGAGUACUCUGUAUUGAAGGACUGUGUACAAACACUCAGUGAAUCUCCAGGAAUGCUCCAGUCAGUCUAAAAGCUGCUUCCUCACCGGACUGGCUCUCUGUACAGUGGAGAUGCAUUUACAUUUCUACAGUAAACACAAUACUGUACUGGUUCCUCAAAAUAAGAGGAAACUCUUUAGAUCUAGAUAGAUAGAUGGAUAGAUUUCCUAACAUUUUCAGCUAGAUUAAUACAAUUUUUAUGCAGUUUUAGUUGUAAAACACACAGCAGCCUUCGACAAGUUGGAAUUUCGCUUAUUUGUCUGCUUUUUAAAUGUUGCUAAUCACAGUGAUUCCUUUCUGUAAACUCAUUAGCACUUUUUUGUUUUGUGUGUUCUUAUUCUGAAAGCUACUCAGAAAGGAAACUUGAAGAUUUGUGGCUCAGGAUCACCUGAAACUGUAUCAGAUAAAAAUGAUGUUAUAUUUUA